AUGGACGUUGGUGAUAGGAUCGACAAGCCGCGAAACGAGAACGAGACAAUCGGAAUCGGACUUUUCAAUCACCAUCAACUAAUCAACCCCCACGACCCCAACUACUCAACGAACUAUACCCCAAUGAUCCAUUCAGUUCUAAUAUGUAUGUCUAGCUCAAUAUACCCGAAUAGUUGAAAAACCCAUUACAAAAGUCUAGCUUUUCCCUUUACUAACCGCCGGAAAUUUGAAAGUCAACAACGAUGGUGUACCAAGACUAAUGAAGUUCUACGCUAAAGUAGAUAUCCAGACUCAGAGACUCUUGCUCGAGCAAGUGCAUCAACUAAUUUCAGUACGGACAAAUCAAGAAUGUUCCUUUAUAACACCGCCGAAACUACUCGAGGACUUGGAUGACAUCAAGGUGAUUUAUCGACAUUACGCCACGCUCUAUUUUGUGUUUAUCGUUGAUGACCAGGAAUCGGAAUUGGGGAUAUUGGAUUUGAUUCAGGUGUUUGUUGAGUGUUUGGACAAGUGUUUCAGCAAUGUUUGCGAGUUGGACUUGGUGUUUGGCUGGCAAGUGCUCCAGACGGUGUUGGAAGAACUUGUCCAAGGAGGCAUGGUUAUUGAUACUAAUAUUGGACGAAUUGUUGCUGCGGUGGAUGAAGCUAAUAGUCAAAAGGAUGGCAGCGUUGGUACCACUGCUGGUGCCAAUUUGGGUCUGAGUUUCUUGCUGAGUUUUUCACGAGAUAGAGGUACGUUCUGGGGUAGAUGA